CCAAAAAUAAGAACGGUCGGUCUGCUCUCAUUAACGUCGUUCUCCUUGGCAUUGCCACCAAUCGCUCUCAUCAUAAAAUGGAGGGGCUAGAAAAGUACUUAGUCCUCGCUUGCACAACUUCCUCCCGUUAACUAACAAAUCACGUUUAAAUUCACCUAAAUAACAUUAAUUUAACCAAACCUGUUUCGCAAGGCAAACUAAGACCGCGAAGACAAUACGGAAAGCCGAGUUUUCUCGUGACAAGAAAGAAACGGACAGCAGAUAAGGCACGAGCUUUCCAGGACAUCUCAGUUAACAGACACAUGCGUUUCCUGAUCAAGAAACAUUUGUUAGACUCUAGAUUGUACCAUGAUAAAUUUGUGGUAUUGUCUUUGUGACAGUUUUGAGGGCUGGCAUCUGUUUAAGGUAGAUCACUAAACAGUGUAAAUCGACCAAUACAUAAGGCAUUCUCGAAGGAUUAACAAUAAAGAGAUAUUGCGAGAAACACCCUUAAUAUUAAAAAAGAAGGCAAAAAUUCGCGAAAAAUUCAAAGUUAUAAAACGCCUUUUUCGAUGCAUCGCAAAACGACAGGCGGCGUAACAAUGAUUUUCCAAGAAAAGGAGCAAAUUGCACUCUUAAUCCUCGUGUGCCAGUCAUUUAUUCGCGUUUAUUCUCAGAAUUACAAGUGCAUAAGCAGCACUUGGGUUAAACUAAAAGACAUCACAAUUUGGCGCCGUUUGUGACGCGGUUUUAAUCUUUUUGCUGAUUGGAUAUCUAGCUGUUAAGCAGCGCUGAUUGGCUAACGAUAACUUGAUUAGUAAUAGAAAGACCGCUGAUAAUCAUUGAGUUGCCACAAACCUCCGGAUCUGGGUAAAAACCUUGCAUUCGCAACAACUUAACCUAAAAAAGACAGCUCUGAAAUGUUAAAAUCAAAAGAUAUCCAAGGCGAGCGAACCUAGAAUAUACAAUGCAGGUCUUCGCGAAUAUAAGCAAUGACACAGACGUGUGUGCUCUUCGUGAGAGAUCCAUGGGGAUUAAGAUCGGAGAAGCCAUCAUCUACUCGCUCAUUCUUUUCUUCGGAGUUCUUGGAAACUCCGUCGUCUUGAUCAUCGUUUACAAGAACCGUUCCAUGAGAACACCGGCCAAUUAUUUCAUUGCUAACAUGGCCUUCGCCGACCUUCUCGUGCCUAUUUUCUUGGUACCACGUGUUCUGACGCAAGUGUUUCUGGGUAAUGGCCGGUGGCUGUUCGGAGGUACGAUUGGUCUCGUUCUGUGUAAAGUCACACCGUUUAUGUAUGAUGUCUGUCUGAUGGUCUCCAUCCAUAGCCUGGUACUGGUGGCUUUUGAACGUUUCUGUGCGGUCGUGCGGCCAAUGAAGGCUGCGAUUCGUAACAUGAGACGCUGCGUCUCAAUCAUAGUAGCCACAUGGUUACUCGCCAUAUUAUUUCACGGCAACUAUUUCUACUGCCUGAAGCUAGUGCCGCAUGGGGGUGACUUCUACUGCAUCUACACUUGGGAGCCCCUGUACGACUCAAGAGACGUCACGAGAAAGACCUUCAUCCCUAUAUUAAUGAUAUUCUACUUCAUUCCUUUGGUCUCCAUAAGCGUGCUGUAUUGUAUCAUUAUCCUGAAAUUAAAGCAGCAGAAGAUCCCAGGAACGCGCUACGGAAAUAUGAUUGUCAACAGGCAAAGGCGAAUCGUAAGCACAUUUCGUAUGGUGAUGACUGUCGUUCUUGCAUUCUUUAUUUGCUGGACGCCUUCCAAGACCUACGCCGUCAUCAUCAUCUACAUCUGGGAAUUUAACAUCCCAUGUUGGAUCCCGUACUUCGAUGUUGAAAUAGCAGUCUACAUUCUUGCGUUUUCUAACAACGCUAUCACACCUUACAUAUACUUCAUAUUCAAUGAGAAUUACAGGAACGGGUUGAAGGGUUUACUGCCGUGGUAUGAGCGCCCUAUGGCUGUUUUCUCGCUGCCCAUGGGCGUUGGACAUAGUCGAAGCUCGAGUUUUCACACUGGUGCCAUCGCAACAAGGAUAAGCAACAAGCUACCAAGCAGUGCUGAGCUUGAUUCCGCAAAUAACCAAAAGCCAACGAGAGUUUAAGAAGAAAUCAGGAAGCACGGGUGGCCAGUGUGCCUAAAUUGGAGGUCCCGUAGCUGCACUACAGUAACCUGAACCGAAAGAACCACUGGGGACGCACUGGCAGUGACCACCCCCAGUGACAGUGCUUACAAACCGAGGGCCGUAUUUUAGAAAACUGUUAUAUUCGGUUAAAUAUAAUGCUACCCUCGAAAAACAAAGAUUAUUGAUAGAUCAGGACACGCAGCCCCCUCUUCUAUUUUCCCUUCCCCGCGCAACAACAAGUCAUACGAAGCCAUAUAUCAUCUAAUUCAAUAGAGAAUAACUGACAAUGUUCAACCAUUUAAUUGUGGAUGGUUGUUUAAAGUUUUCUUGCAAUGGUUAUUAACCUUAGUAAAUUAGGUUGUUGUCGACAUCCUUUAAUGAGUAAUAGGAUAUUUGCUGUACUCAGCGUUAUUACUGUGUAACACGAUUGUCAAAGGAAUCCUGCAAAGAAAUGUAUAGUGCUAUGCAAGAGCUAAUCAUAAAGCAACGUUUAAGAAACAUGUUAUGCUAUGACCAACAGGUCACGUAUUCAGUUGCAUAGAUUUGUAAAUAGAUGGUUAUUUUAAGAUUUCAUCACAUAAUUAUUAAAACUUCAAUAUCGCAUGGUUCACUAGAACGACACGGUCGGCGAAGCAAACCUUAAAUCAGGGGGAUGGGGUCAUUUUGAAAUGUUCGUCGCCCAUGAAGAAUUGUACAAUAUCUCCAAUUCAGAGUAUAGCAGCGCAGUACAAAAUAAGAAUUUUUUGUAGCAGCAGUAUAUAUAUAUACGCCAGGCUGCGCUGUUAAGUGAAUUUUGUAAACAUAAUAAAAGGGGGAUGGGUUCUAAACAUGGAUUACUAUGUAUCCAACGUAACUGAUAAAACUUGAUAAUAAAAAGGUAGUUGAUAAAUUGAUCAUAAUUGAUACCACGGUUAAAAUCAAUUAUCAUCAAUAAGAUCAUAAUUUUGAUUAUCAAUGUUAUCAAUUUCUAUCAAUUGUCGUUUUUAUAUCAACUGAUAAUAAUCUAGUGCCAAUAUUAAGUUUUAUCAAUUAGUUGCGUCGAUACUAUUGAUUAGCAAACUUAACCUAGUGUAAUAAGCCAAUACAUCCGCUCAAUUCGUUUCCUUGAGCCUGAUACUCAGGCUACGUUUCCUUUUGCGCGACGGAUGCCCUUCUUUGUUUACAAACAUGGUUAUUUUAACCAUACGGCGACAGCAUCGUAAUCAUAAAGCGUACUUUUCAAAGUAUUUUACUUCAUUCCCAACACUAUCCAUUUUUGUAAACAAAGCUUGGUCGAUCAGGCGAAAAGGACAAACUGUAUAUUUCAUAUAGUCUUUGCUCUAAUACAUUAUGUAGUAUUAUCACUUACAAACAGUUUGGAUGAUGCAGAUGAAGCUAUGUCAAACCAACAUUUUGUUUUAAUUGUACAUUUAAUUACACGUCCAAAAAGUAUAUGCCAUGCUCGGUA